AGCUCAUUCCCCUCCAGAGCUCGAGGAGAGAGUGCAGCUCCGUCAUCCUCUUUGCAGAGAGAGAAAGAGAGAGAGAGAGGGGGGAGAGGGAGAGGGAGAGGGAGGAGUGUAAGCUAGUGACUGAGCGAAUGAGAGACAGGGAUAGUGGAGCAGCACAACAAUAGUGGGCUGCUCUUGUGGCUGUGGACUCACAGAGACAGAGGGAGCGCUCAGAGGGACACACAGGCUCUCUGUAAACCAGCUGCAGUUGGCUCAUACGUACGGCCGAUACAGACGAAUCACUUUUCUUUUUCCUUUUGCUCUCUGUGUUGCAACUAUUCUUCACCAAACCACAGAUUUACUAAAUUUUGACGCAGGACGCAUUUUAGGAAUUUUUGUGGUCAGUGCAUUUCUGUGGGCGAACUUGAGGAGCAUGUCCACAUACAUUUUGGACUAGUUUUUGUCAUACUGGGUCCGAUCUCCGAAGGUCGCCGCCUGGACACUGGAACAGCUGACUUGACCAGAGUGGACUUGAGCACCCGAGGGAGUUUUGUCUAUGUGGGAUUGUAACACUCCGCCUGUGGGCUCAUCUCAAUCAGCCCUUUAAGGGAGAACACUUCUGUUUGUUUGUUCUAACAUUUUUUGCGUGGCGAGGGCUUGCUCCAAGGAGGGGGGGAGGCGGUGGAGGGAACCCGAACCCGAACAUUUCCAUUUGUGUGUGCGUGCAUGACACAGAGUGUGAUCUGGGGGAUGCCUCUGGAUGUGGUGAUUGCCCCAGCGGAGGACUGUUUUUGGCCGGACCUGCAGGACACCGACAUGAGGCUGAAGAUUAGGGUCCGCCGAAUGAAGCAGGGGAGAGAUCUACGAGGAGGUUUUGCUGCUUUUACCUCCUGUUUCCCCGGCCUAUGUGAAGGGAAGCCUGCCAAUUCUCUACCUAUGAGCUUGUCCCAGCCCUGCUUGCCUGUGGCUAACGUAGGGCCCACUCGCAUCCUGCCACACCUCUACCUGGGGUCACAGAAAGACGUCCUCAACAAGGACCUGAUGGCUCAGAAUGGUAUCACCUAUGUGCUGAAUGCCAGCAACACCUGCCCCAAGCCAGACUUUAUCAGCGAGAGCCACUUUAUGCGUAUCCCAGUCAAUGACAACUACUGCGAGAAAUUGCUUCCCUGGCUGGACAAAACUAAUGAAUUCAUAGACAAAGCUAAGGUGUCAAACUGCAGAGUCAUUGUGCACUGCCUGGCUGGAAUCUCACGUUCAGCAACCAUCGCCAUUGCAUACAUCAUGAAGACAAUGGGCUUGUCAUCAGAUGAUGCCUACAGGUUUGUGAAGGACCGAAGGCCGUCCAUAUCCCCCAACUUCAACUUCCUGGGUCAGCUUCUGGAGUUUGAGAAGGGCCUGCAAUUACUGCAAGCUUUAACUUCAACCAGUGAUGACAAGAUCUCUGAAAACAACACUAAGCAAAGCUCAGAGGUUAAUGGAGGUUUCGAGAUGAAUGGUCACCACAUCAACCAUGACUCAUCGGUGGCAGACCAACACAUCCCACCAGAACCCAAGGUGCCAUCACCCACCUCCCUUCAGCAAGGCUUCAACGGCCUACACCUCUCCGCAGAGCGAAUAAUGGACACUAACCGGCUUAAACGCUCCUUCUCCCUGGACAUUAAGUCGGUCUACACUCCCAACAGUACACCCUGCCCCAGCCUGGCACCCGCACACUCUGAAGAUGUCCCCAAGCUGUGCAAGCUUGACAGCCCAGGAACAGGCACCUCCAAUGGUGUCUGCUCCCAGUCUCCCGUCCUAGACAGCCCCAGCUCUGCCGACUCACCGUUUCCCUCACCAGGCAGCGGGGGCAGCAUUGGAGGUUUGGGUCCAGUCAAUCGGUCUGGUUCUUCCUCAUCCAGACACAGGAGAAAACCCAAGCAUUGUUCAAGCAGUUCCCCAGCCCACUCCCAACCACACCACCCUCCACAGUCCCUCAGCUUGUCGCUGGACCACAAGAGCCCCAGCGUGGUCGAGAAUCUAAAAGGCUCCUUGCUUCUCUCACUACCUUCCCUUCCCACCAUGGGGUCUGAGGCCAUGUGGACCAAACACAGAGACACUGUCCAGGCCACCACUCCCGUCACACCCGUCACCCCCACCACAGAUGCUCCCUGGCACUUUGGGGCAGUGGAGGGCGGUGAGGGAGAAAUGGAGCUGGGAGGAGGAGGGCAUGGAGGAGGAGAGGAGUCGUCGGUAAGGUUUGGGAGUAGCUCGGCGUAUAUGGCGUUCGGGUGCAGCGAAGGUGUAGGGUUACGAGACAAAUCCCAGAGGGAGAAGCCCUCAUCACCACAGACCAGGAGAGACCACCGGGACUCUACGUCGUCGACCGCAGUGACCCUGUCCAACAGUGCAAACAACAGCGGGCCUGCAUCAGAGAAGCAGUUCAAGCGGCGCAGCUGUCAGAUGGAGUUCGAGGAGGGCAUCUCCGAGACGCGAUCCCGGGAAGAACUAGGGAAGAUUGGGAAGCAGUCCAGCUUCUCUGGGAGCAUGGAGAUCAUUGAGGUAUCCUGACAGAUAAUGAACAUGAUCAGGGCUUUCCCUUGGGGGCCCAAAUGGACCUGGUUAGAGGGAGUGCAAAAGGAGGACAUAUGACGGGGAGCAGAAGAGGCUCGUUUUGUGCUCCCUUCACAGACAGUGUUAAAGACUCCACCUGAGAAGGACAAACAUAUACUCAAGCAAAGAAUUAAUGUGAAAAGGUUAGCAGGAAAAUUAGCAUUCGCACCUGAGACGGAGCCUGUGAUGUUGUCCUUAGCCAUCCUGAACUCUCAUAUAAAUCUGAAUAAAAGUCUGGGGGAGGGAGGGGUUAAGGGUGUGACUAUAGGUACUGAAACUCUUAAUUUUUCUGAGUUCUGUGAGAGAUAAAAAGAAGUGACCCAGGACAGGUGUCAUGUUGCAUCCCUACUAUAUAGAAUAUCCCUAUUUUGACAGAGUUUGGACACAAAUUGCUUGCCUGCAGUUAAAUGUAGUGUACUUCAGUGGGUGUAUAACUUGUGAUUUGAACCAAGUCCCAUGUUUCCUCCCAAAGCUUCAGCCCAGCGUCCAAAAGCCUCAAAACCUUGCACGGCUACGUCCACCCCCCCACCUCCUCGUCCCACAGGCUCUGCCUGCUACAAACUCUGCAUAGCAACUCCUUAACAGCACCGUCUCAUCACAUGACACAGCACAAGGGAGAGAGAUCCCAAGGACUUCAUCUAAAAGCGGUACUGUAUCCAAACAAUGAAGGAUCCCCAGCAUUUUCUUGCUGAAAAGACUUUUAAAGACUGGUAGCACCAGGCAGUAUUUCUGCCCCCCCCCCCCC